AUGGAUUCUAAAGAAAAAAGAGUUUACAAGAUCGUACUCACUGGAGGCCCAUGCGGUGGAAAAACAACAGGCCAAGCACGUCUAAGUACAUUUUUUGAAAAUUUAGGAUGGAAGGUUUUCCGAGUUCCGGAAACAGCAACUGUUUUACUCAGUGGAGGGAUAAAGUUUUCAGACCUCAAUGCAGAUCAAGCCUACAGAUUUCAAGAAAAUCUUCUGAGAACUAUGCUCCAAAUUGAAAAUACUUUCUUCGAACUUGCUGAGUCUAGCAAUCGAGAUUGUCUUAUUAUUUGUGAUCGUGGAGCUAUGGAUGCCUCUGCUUUUAUAUCUAAAGAACAAUGGGAAAAAAUGAUGUCCAGCAAUGGUUGGAAUAAUGUGGAACUCAGAGACAAUCGGUAUAACCAAAUUGUGCAUAUGGUUACUGCAGCUAAUGGAGCAGAAGAUUUUUAUACAACAGAGGACCAUGCUUGUCGCAGCGAGGGUAUGGAACUUGCGAGAGAACUUGAUUAUAACGCAGCCUCGGCAUGGGUUGGACAUCCUUAUUUUGAUGUGAUUGACAAUUCAACAGAGUUUGAAAAGAAAAUCCGUCGAAUGAUAGCUAGUAUCUGCCAGAAGAUGGGUAUAGAUACUGGUGAUAGAUUGCUCACCAACGCCAGGAAGAGGAAGUUCUUGGUUCAAGGUCCCCUUCCUUCAGAUGAUAUUUUUCCUCCAUUCCAAGACUUUGAGGUGGUUCACAACUACCUCACGAGUAACCACCCGUACAUGCAGGCUAGGCUGAGGAAGCGAGGCCAGAAAGGUCAUUGGAGUUAUACACAUACCAUCCGUAAACCGAGAAUUCAUGGCCAGAUUGUUGAAGUUAAGACCCAACUCACUCACAGAGAUUAUGUGAAUCUUCUCAACCAAAAAGACAACUCUCAUUUCACAAUUUAUAAAAAAAGACGUUGUUUUUUGGACAAUAAUCAGUAUUUCCAAUUGGAUAUAUACAAAACACCAUGUCAUCCGAGAUGCAAUGGACUUGUUCUUUUGGAAACAUAUUCAGCUUUGGAAGAUGGGCAUUUGGAGGAAGCACUGCCUAAGUUUUUAACGAUCAGCUGUGAAGUUACAGGAGACCCACAAUACUCCAUGUACAACUUAUCUCUCCGGGCAGAUUGGAAUUCUGCGGAAAGUAAAUUCUGUCAUUCACUUAAAGUUCCAGAUUCUGAAAGUAUGAAUGGAGGAAUUCCCAACAUGAAUGGUGGAAUCCCCAACAUGAACGGCGGAAUCCCCAACAUGAAUGGCAUCAGCUUGACAUCUGAAAAUCAUGUGAAAUAA